GCUGUCAAAGAGGUGCGGCGACGGCUGCCGUCAAAGAUUUCCACUACGGCGGGCCAAAGUAUUGGAAAGCUGAGCUGGCGGAUGACGUCGACAUAUCCAAAGUGCUUGAGUGUGCAACAAACACCAUCGAUGCCAUUGAUGGAGAUGAAGCAGAGGAGGCGAUCAACCGUCUGAAACAGGCUCUGUCCAAGUGCGACGAUUUCAUCGGCAAGGCCACCUUUUACGGGACCGUGAUGCCUCGGGUCACGGAUUUCAAGGGUUUCGUGGAUGGCUCGAAGGUCCUUGUGAAGAGAUGCGCGGCCCUCUCUUGCGAAUCUUUGCUCGCCUUUGCCCACGUCAGCUGCAAGUCGAUUGAGUGGCAAGCGAGGCUGAUCCGACAUCAGCUCACAGAAAUCAUGAUCGGCAACAUCGAUGAAGCGGACCUGCAUCCGGUCCUGCUGCAGUCAGCAAAGUCUCUGGUGAACCAGGUUGGCAAGCAAGCCAGGGAGGAGAAAGACAGCAAAACCAACGCCCCGACGGCAUCCCAGGCUGGCAAGCAAAGCAAGGAGGAGAAAGGCAGCAAAACCAAGGCCCCGACGGCAUCUCAGGCUAGCAAGCAAGCCAAGGAGGAGAAAGACGACAAAACCAAGGCCCCGACGGCAUCUGCUGAGCCAGCCCGAAAGAAGGUGCGGAUCUGA